AUGAAUCUCUCCCUUGUGAGUCUCGCCCCUCCCCGUCGCGCCAUCCGCGCAGCAGCGAGCCAACGCCGGACCCACGUAGACAUCGACCCUGAGCCUUCGGUCGAGGCCCUUGCGGCCGCGCGCGCCCUCGUGUCCGCCGAGCUGGAGCAGCACCCGCAGCCAUCCCCGGCCGACGCGGCGGCCAGGGAACCUUCCUUCUCCCCCGCCAUAGCCGCCGAGCUCGACCGCAUCGCCUCCGGGACGGCCAUGCAGCCGCUCAACCUCGAACGCUACGAGGCUCCCGAGCGGCCAUCCGCCGACAACGCCUCGUCGGCAAAGUCCCUCACACCCGUCUUCGAGGCUGCCUGCGUGUCGGGCUCCUACCUCGCCGCCCGCAACGAGAACCUCGCGCUGCUCGACCGCCACGGCGCCAACGCUUGGCUCCUCGGCAACUACCACCUCGAAUCCCUCCUCCGCUCCCUCGAGCGCGAGCUCGCCGACACGAAGAAAGACAUGGAUCUCGUCAACGCGACCCGCGCCUCGAGGCAGAACGACGUCGCCGCCGAGAUGCACCUCCUCGACGAAUCCUGGCGCAACGGCGUCGGGCGAGUGCUCGAGACCGAGGUGGCCAUCGAGGAGCUCAAGGCCGAGGUGCGCGAAGAGCUGAAGAGGAGGAGUGCCCUGCCGGCCUCGUAG